AUGCUGGAUAUCGAAGACCUUUUGUCUGACGUCUUACCCAACCCCGAAGAGAUUGUAUACGCAAUCAUCGAUACUCACGAUAAGAAGCCCGCUUCAUCGCUUCCAUCGGAGCUGGCCACGUCUGGCGAAAAAGACAGGACAAUACGCGUUCGCGUCAUCACCCCAGAGUUGGCUCAUUCCAAUUUCGAAGAGAUUCCCAUGUCGAUCGACGAAAGCGCUGUCCCCAACGUCAACGGAACUGGGGAUUACGAUGCUCUUCGUACAGCCAUCGUAGUCCAUUCCAACAACAUCGUCGUCGCUAUCCCAGUAAAGGAUAUGAAACUCAGCACCAUUCAGCAAGCGACGAACUCGUACAUGAUAGACACCCUGCACCAAGAUCUCACCGGAAAGGUCAUCAACACUGUCGGUGGCAUCGUGGACGCGAGCGAUCAAUCUGACGGGGAUAAAAACUAUCUCAAAGCUCCAGUGAUGGCUAUCUGCUCGUGGCGAUGCCGUUCGCGCAGUACCCUUGAACACGCUGAAGACGAGGUUACUCAACGAACCCUAGUUCUCGACGUGCACACAUCCGAAUGCCCUAUAAACAUCACCGCACAUAACGCUGAACUCACCAUCGAAGCCGCUGGACUGGAAGAUUGCGCUAUCAACGGUGUGCUCAAUAUUUACGCCGUGCAGCGAUGGACGCUGGGUCGGAAUGAGAGCCUCGGUCGAGGUAAGGCCGCUAUCUUCAAGAAGUCAGAGGCCUGGAAACACCGCAUCGGUCUGACCGAGCGCGGACUUGCCAGUCUUCUGUCGACAUUGCGUAUAUUCACCGAACUCGUUGGAGGCAUGGAGUUGAGAAGAGAGGAUGCAGUUCUGAGGGUAGUCCACCUCCUGACACAGUUUCCUCCUGCUGUUCGAGCUGUACGCAUCCUAACGCGCGGCGAGACCCCCAAAUUUCCAGAACGUGCCGCGUUGACACAGUGCCUAUACGAGAUCCUGAAGAAGGUCGUCCCACUGCUAACGGUCCGUUCUGACACCAAGCGAUUCUUCGAAGGAUCUCGUCUUUUGUUCGGUCUCAUACUGGAGAAAGCGAAACAGCUGAAGAUCACCAAGCAAGAUUCUAGGCUACCUUACGUUGGCAUGAAAGUUUACGACCUGCGAAACUUCAUUACCUCGCAACCCGUCUUAUCGGAGGCUGUGCAGACUACCAACGGUCUCGCCAGUGCUGGUUUCUACGAAGCAUUCAAGGAACAAGGACUUCUUAGAUGGACGAAUGAGAACGCCUCAAAGAAGGUACUGGCACCCGAUCCGGUUUGGGACCGGAUUGCUAAACUGUCAGGCGGUACCAGGGUACAAGUCUUAGUGUUCAACCUCGAUGCCAUCAGGACCAACACUCGCUAUAUGGACGGCGGCGACAUCGGUAAAGUCAUCUCACCUGCAGAGUGGACAGAUCUCACAUAUCUGGCCAAUCUCUGUAGUCGCAACGGACUGAGCGUCGCACCCCCGGCAAGUCUAGCUUCCGUUUCGGCUCCUGUCUUGACCCUGGAUAGAGAUGGCUUCCUUGCUGCAUAUUUGGGUCGUGCGGGCUGCGCAGAGGCUGGUAAAGACAUGCUCAUCGCCCGGCCAUCAAGCGCACACGAAGAAGAGGUAGUGGAUGUUUCGAUCAUCACUCGGUUGUUAGAGCCAAUCCUUGCCCAACGUAAGGCUGAUGGAACACUCGUCUUUGAGGCGUACGGCGAUCACCAUCGCAAGCUGACGGACCCGGAAGAGCUGACGAUGAUAUGCGUGGACCUCAGCUACAGUAUGAAUGACCGUUGUGGCUUCAUCGACAUACAACGCAGUGAAGACGCCGACGAGGAGACCCAGCGACAGAUACAGUCUGCUGAGCACGCGGCUCAAACUCUGCUUCCGGAGAACCCUGCUUUCUUUCUGGCCGGUCCCGAUGAACUGAAAGAGUAUCUGAGGUCCCACGAGUCGUACGAUGACUUCCUUGCCAUCAUUGGCACGGGUACAGACGAUUACCAUCGCCGUCAGAACGCCGAGAAGGUGCUGGACGUCCUUACGCAACUCCACGAUCAACAAAUCCAUGCUGAACGGGAAAAUUUGGAGAAGCUUAGAGAACAAGCCAGCCGAUCUUCCUUCCGCAGCCAGUCAACAUUGAUUGAUCGCGACAUAAACGUUCUCAAUAACCGGUCUCUCCGUCUGAAGAAGUACAGAAGCCUACUUUGUGCCUGGCUGAUGACUUGUGUGGGUAAUGCAUCUGUAUCGGAUCCGUUGUUGUGGAAGCCAGGCGAGGAAGUUCCAAAGAUCUACCAAGAUCUCCCUAGGAAAGUUACGACUUGUCCCAAGUUUGAGAUACCGCGAGAGUAUUGCUGCCCGAUUAGCAACGAUAUAAUGCAGGAUCCCGUGACUACCGUGGACAACUUCACUUACGAGCGCGGAGAAAUCGAACGAUGGCUUCGUACUAAUGAGCGUUCGCCAUUCACCAACCUGGUUCUUCCCAGCAACGACCUGCGACCCAACGUGGAACUACAGGAACGAAUCGUCGCGUAUCUAAAUGGCUCAGAUAUUCUGUCUAAGUACGCUAUACAUGGCGCGAGAGCAAGUGCCCCAUCGCAGACACUUCGCGUUACUCUCAGAUCACCUUUGGAGACACGCUCGAUGGAUGUACCACGCGAUCUGAAAUCUGUAGAAUUGUGGGAAAUUGCAUUCCGGCUAACCAAAGGCCGAUAUGCAAGCUACGAGCUACGACAUCAAAAUGCUCAAGUUCCGACCACCGAAGAACCCGUCGCGGCUAUGAUCGACACUGCGCAUGAGGUCUUCGUUACGCCAACAGCCCCGAUGUCUUCGACCAAGGAAAGAGACGUGGAGGAACUGUGCCUUGUCAAGAUCUACCGCGGUGGUCUUCAUGAAAGCCCUGUAGUAUCUUAUUGGGUGCCAAAAAUGACUACGCAAUCUCUAGCAUCAACGGUAUUCCGAUAUUAUCGCCAGAGGUUCACGGAGCGGUCGACAUCUCUCGUUGAAGAGCCUUUUGUCUUCUGGACCAGAAUGCAGGAAGCUGGUGAUUGUUGGUACAACGGUAUCCCUGUUCACGAACAUUGGACACCGAUUUCAUCGUAUUUCAAUACCCGAGACUCGAGAGGUAGAGUGUCUCACGAGAGCUGCUUGUCACUAUCCCCACAAGAAGACACUCGUGAUAGAAACGAAUUAGAACGUCCGCAUGUGUUCAAACUAUGCCUGAAGGAUGCUUCAAGCGCGCCCAGCAAGCGCGUUAGGCUCAGCCGUCUUGAUGUUCUGAAACAGAUGUUCGAUGCCUACAUCAAUCGACUACUUGCAUACAACUACCAGACACGCAUCGGCCUGGUCACUUUCAGCACCACGCCUUCUUUGCUACAACCUAUCACCCAUUCUGUUGAGAGUUUCCGUCAUAAGCUCAACGACAUGCGGGCUACUGGUGAUACGGCCGUCUGGGACAGUAUUUUACUUGCGCAAGAUCAACUCCAAGAGUACGCGAAACAGUACCCGAAUGCGAGAUUGAGAAUCGUUGUCAUCUCUGAUGGCGAAGACAACAAAUCCAACAACCGGGCUCAUGAACUGCCUUCGGGCCUUUUCCGAAAAGGUAUCGUCGUGGACUCUUUCUGCUUGGGCACCGAUGCCGAUCACACUGAUCUCAAGACAAUAUCCUACUUGACCGGCGGCUACGCGUUCCAACCAGAGAGUCUUGAAGACGCUGUGGCGAUCUGUGAAAUGGAGCCUGUCCUUUCCCUCUUGGAGCGUCCAGACAAGUCGCCGGCGAGGUCUGUGCGUCAUACUUCGUUUAUGGCGAACCCAAGCACUUACCAAUUCCGUCUUGCCCAAGACAUGGGUAAAGUCGAAAAGGUUAGUCGCGACGAAUUUCCAGACCGUAAGCAACACCCGCAGCUCACUGAAUCUUUUGUCGAGCUUGGCCACUUCAGCAGGAGCGCUUCAGUCACUCGUACCGACAACAAUGUGCGCCUGAGCAGGAUUCACAACGAAAUUCGCAACUCAGGCGCAAAGCCGCACCCGCACUACGACGUCUACGUGUGCGAGUCGAACAUGGGGCUCUGGAAGAUUGCUAUGCAAGGGCCACCUGAUAGUACCUAUGCUGGUGGAACUUUUCUUCUCUACCUGGAGAUGGGCAACAACUAUCCGAGGUCGCCGCCAGAAGCACGCUUCAUCACACCCAUCUACCACCCAAACAUCAACCGUCAUGGACGCAUCUGUCAUUCGAUCUUGGACCGCAAUUGGACGCUGGAUACUUCUACCAAGGAUGUUAUCGAUACCAUCUACUCACUACUGCUCGUGCCUGAGUUCAGCGAUCCUAUCAAUGCCGUCGUCACGCUCGACUACCAUUGGGAUGAGAUUCAGUUCAAAGAAGAAGCGCAGAAGCAUCUCGAGGAGCACGCAAGCAUGACUAGGGAGGAUUAUCGUGACGAGAUCGUGGGUGUUAGGUUUUAG